GGCUUGGAUGGGCACGAAUGAGCUGUUCUGGAUACUCUGGGGCCGGGGUAGGUAGGUAAGGGGCUGUGGAAUCAGUGCCCAGGGGCCUGGGUGUGGACAGAGCCUCCUGGAAGAGCAGGCUCCAUUCUGACGUGCGGGGGGCUGAGCCUGUCUGUCCCCCUUCCCCCCUGGCCUGUGGGUGCGGCUGAGGGUCCCUGUGUCCCCCCUGCUGGAGGCGGCUGGGAGCCAGGCUGUGGCGGGCGGCGCAAGGGGACAAUUAGAUUUAAUAGGACAGGCAGCUCUGCUCUCGCUCCCCUGGGCGGGGGCGGGGGGCAGAGGGGGGCUGGCGGCUCUGACGUCAGCUGCCUAUAAGAGGCCACCGUGUGAGGCCGUUCGUUCGACCUCCACCGCCGGCAUGUCCACCCCCAGUGCCACCGCCGCAUCCCCCGGCAAGGGCUUCCGCCGGGCUGUCUCGGAACUGGACGCCAAGCAGGCCGAGGCCAUCAUGUCCCCACGCUUCAUCGGCCGGCGGCAGAGCCUGAUCCAGGACGCGCGCAAGGAGCGGGCACGAGCAGAGGCCACAGGCCCCGGGGCAGCCCUGGAGGCCGUGGAGGACCGCGAUGGCCGUGCCCAGCUGAACCUGCUCUUCAGCCUGCCUGCACCCCCGCCUCACCUGCUGUCUCGCACCCUCAAGGCCUUCGAGACCUUUGAGGCUCGGAUCCAGCACCUGGAGACGCGGCCAGCUCAGCGGGCAGGGCCGGGGGGCGCCCACCUGGAGUACUUUGUGCGCUGUGAGGUGCCCUGUGCCUCUCUGGCCGCCCUGCUCAGCGCCCUGCGCCGCGUGGCCCAGGAUGUGCGUGGGGCCAGGGAGCCCAAAGUGUUCUGGUUCCCACGGAAGGUGUCUGAGCUGGACAAGUGCGACCACCUGGUCACCAAGUUUGACCCCGACCUGGACCUGGACCACCCGGGUUUCUCGGACCAGGAGUACCGGCAGCGCCGCAGGCUAAUCGCACAGAUAGCGUUCCAGUACCGGCAUGGUGACCCGAUUCCCCGUGUGGAGUACACACCAGAGGAGAUUGCCACCUGGAAGGAAGUGUACAGCACCCUCAAGGGCCUGUACGCCACCCACGCCUGCCGGGAGCACCUGCGAGCCUUCCAGCUGCUGGAGCGCUGCAGCGGCUACCGGGAGGACAGCAUCCCGCAGCUGGAGGAUGUGUCCCGCUUCCUCAAGGAGCGCACGGGGUUCCAGCUGCGCCCGGUGGCCGGCCUGCUGUCCGCCCGCGACUUCUUGGCCAGCCUGGCCUUCCGCGUGUUCCAGUGCACUCAGUACAUUCGCCACGCGUCCUCGCCCAUGCACUCGCCGGAGCCGGACUGCUGUCACGAGCUGCUGGGUCACGUGCCCAUGCUGGCGGACCCCACCUUCGCCCAGUUCUCCCAGGACAUUGGCCUGGCGUCCCUGGGCGCCUCGGAUGAAGAGAUCGAGAAGCUGUCCACGCUGUACUGGUUCACGGUGGAGUUUGGGCUCUGCAAACAGAACGGAGAGCUGAAGGCCUAUGGGGCGGGACUCCUGUCCUCCUACGGGGAGCUGCUGCACUCACUGUCUUCGGAGCCGGAGGUUCGGCCUUUCGACCCCGAGCUGGCAGCCGUGCAGCCCUACCAGGAUCAGACCUACCAGCCCGUGUACUUCGUGUCCGAGAGCUUCAGCGACGCCAGGGACAAGCUGAGGAGCUAUGCAGCCCGCAUCCAGCGCCCCUUCUCCGUGAGGUUUGAUCCCUACACGCUGGCCGUGGACGUGCUGGACACGCCCCGCGCGGUGGCCCGAGCCCUGGAUGUUGUGCGUGAAGACCUGCAAGCCCUGACUCAUGCCCUGGGGGCCCUCCGCUAGGCAGCCCCCAGCCCCCCCAAAUGCUGAGGCUGCCGCCCGGCCUGCAAACCCACCCUGAUCCCCCCCUCCUGAGCCCCCCCCCCGCCCGA